GUUCAGAAUUGGAUAACCAAAGACAUAAUGGCGGAUUUUUACUAUUACCCAUCACCUCCGUACAGUGACAGUGGUUUGCGUUCUCCCAGUCCGGAUCCGAACUCGGAAAGCUUCCGCAGUGACACAGAGAAGGAAUACAUUCCUCUUACCUCUUUAGGAUUCAUGCAAAAUUUACCGAAUGUAAAAAUUGUAAACAUCAAGCUAGAAACCUGUGAACGGAUUUCAAUACCGCCCUGGAUUGGAACGGUCAGUCCCAGUAAACAACCCGAGGAUAUGAAAUCUAGUAAACCCACCACCAAAAGACGGAAACUGUUGCCACCGGUUGUUCGUCGGAAGCGCCGCCUUGCGGCGAAUACUCGCGAAAGGAACAGGAUGCGUGCGUUGAAUGAAGCCUUCGACCGGUUGCGACUGUAUCUGCCCCGGAUCGGAAACGACCGGCAGCUUUCCAAACACGAAACACUGCAAAUGGCACAAAACUACAUCGCCGCGCUUAGCGAACUGCUGAAAUGAACGGGACCGCGUGUGGGUGCCAAAUCUGUACGAGGUAUGGUAUCUGGUUUUAGAGGUUAGGUUAGAUUAGCAUAACAAUCCAAGUAAACUGUUCAUUGCAAAAAGUCAAA